UUUCAUAUCGCAACAGCUCUCGAACUCGUGCACUAUAAAAUGCAACAUUCUCACUGUCAUUCUCUCUCUUCAAAUAUUCAGCUCGCUAAUUUUCUAUGCUUUACGUAUUCAAACUUUCGAUUCUCGAAGCAAAUCGUAGUAAAUUGAGAUGGCGGAUGGAGAGGAUAUUCAACCCCUUGUUGUUGACAAUGGUACCGGAAUGGUGAAGGCUGGCUUUGCUGGUGAUGAUGCUCCGAGGGCAGUGUUCCCGAGCAUUGUAGGCCGACCCCGGCACACAGGAGUGAUGGUCGGGAUGGGUCAAAAGGAUGCUUAUGUAGGGGAUGAAGCUCAGUCGAAACGAGGUAUUCUCACGUUGAAGUACCCCAUUGAGCACGGUAUAGUGAGCAACUGGGACGACAUGGAGAAGAUCUGGCACCACACGUUCUACAACGAGCUUCGUGUUGCUCCUGACGAACACCCUGUUAUGCUCACCGAGGCACCUCUCAACCCGAAGGCAAACAGAGAGAAAAUGACUCAAAUCAUGUUCGAGACCUUCAAUGCCCCGGCCAUGUACGUCGCUAUCCAGGCCGUCCUCUCACUUUAUGCCAGUGGUCGCACCACAGGUAUCGUGCUCGACUCUGGUGAUGGCGUGAGCCACACGGUUCCUAUAUACGAAGGCUACGCGCUUCCCCACGCUAUACUGAGGUUGGAUCUCGCUGGCCGCGAUCUCACUGACCAUCUCAUGAAGAUCCUUACCGAGAGAGGCUACAUGUUCACCACAACCGCUGAGCGAGAAAUUGUCCGUGAUGUGAAGGAGAAGCUUGCGUACGUUGCACUUGAUUUCGAGCAGGAAACAGAGACAUCGAAAAGCAGCUCUUCCGUGGAGAAGAGCUACGAGCUUCCCGAUGGACAGGUCAUCACCAUUGGUGCUGAGAGGUUCCGCUGCCCGGAGGUUCUGUUCCAGCCAUCACUGGUUGGGAUGGAAGCUGCCGGGAUCCACGAAACGACCUACAACUCCAUCAUGAAGUGUGACGUGGAUAUCAGGAAGGAUCUCUAUGGAAACAUCGUUCUCAGUGGCGGAUCAACCAUGUUCCCUGGCAUCGCGGAGAGGAUGAGCAAGGAGAUAACGGCCCUUUCUCCGAGCAGCAUGAAGAUUAAGGUGGUUGCACCCGCUGAGAGGAAGUACAGCGUCUGGAUAGGCGGAUCGAUCCUAGCAUCCCUGAGUACUUUCCAGCAGAUGUGGAUAGCGAAGGCAGAGUAUGAUGAGUCGGGUCCUGCGAUUGUUCACAGGAAAUGCUUCUAAGACGUUGAUCGAGGUAUCGUUCAGUUUUUCGUGUCGACUAUUUGGUUUGCAGUUUUGAGGUUGUGAAGUUUUUCUCUAAGGUCUUAGUUGUGGUUUGGAAUGUUUACAGUGUAAUUUAUCUUAUAGUAUAUGUAUUCUUCAGUACUCAGUAGAAGUCCUUGUAGUAAUAUUUUGGUUGCAAUGAACUUUUUACAUCUUUUUAUCUGUUA